CUAAAGAGCCGCCGCCGCCCCGCCCCUCGGCCGCCUCCCGCCCUGCGCUUCCAUCUGGGUGGGUGCGUGAGCGAGGACGAGCGCGGGCCGCGGUGCUCUGUGGGAUACGGCGGUAUAUAGUCUAUCCUCGGCGCGGCGAUAGCGAGGGGGCUAGGCGGGAGUGGGGCAUGAAGAUGGCGGACGCCAAGCAGAAGCGGAACGAGCAGCUGAAGCGCUGGAUCGGCUCCGAGACCGACCUGGAGCCGCCCGUGGUCAAGCGCAAAAAGACCAAGGUGAAGUUCGACGACGGCGCCGUCUUCCUGGCCGCCUGCUCCAGCGGGGACACGGAGGAGGUGCUGCGGCUGCUGGAGCGCGGCGCCGACAUCAACUACGCCAAUGUGGACGGGCUCACCGCGCUCCACCAGGCUUGUAUAGAUGAUAACGUAGAUAUGGUGAAAUUUCUGGUGGAAAAUGGAGCAAAUAUUAAUCAACCAGAUAAUGAAGGCUGGAUACCUCUACAUGCAGCUGCUUCCUGUGGAUAUCUUGAUAUAGCAGAGUAUUUAAUUAGUCAAGGAGCACAUGUAGGAGCUGUAAAUAGUGAAGGAGACACUCCAUUAGAUAUUGCUGAAGAAGAGGCAAUGGAAGAGCUGCUUCAGAAUGAAGUAAAUAGACAAGGGGUUGAUAUAGAGGCAGCUCGAAAAGAAGAAGAGCGAAUAAUGCUUAGAGAUGCACGACAGUGGCUCAACAGCGGCCAUAUAAAUGACGUCAGGCACGCGAAAUCUGGUGGUACAGCACUUCAUGUUGCUGCCGCUAAGGGCUAUACAGAAGUCUUAAAGCUUUUAAUACAGGCUCGCUAUGAUGUAAAUAUUAAAGAUUAUGAUGGCUGGACACCACUUCAUGCUGCUGCUCACUGGGGUAAAGAAGAAGCAUGUCGCAUUUUAGUGGAAAACCUUUGUGAUAUGGAGGCUGUCAACAAAGUGGGGCAGACAGCAUUUGAUGUGGCAGAUGAGGAUAUUCUAGGAUAUUUAGAAGAAUUACAAAAGAAGCAAAAUCUGCUUCAUAGUGAAAAACGCGAAAAGAAAUCUCCCCUAAUUGAAUCCACAGCCAACUUGGAUAAUAACCAGACGCAGAAAACAUUCAAAAAUAAAGAAACAUUGAUUAUGGAGCAAGAAAAGAAUGCGUCUAGUAUAGAGUCUCUGGAGCAGGAGAAAGCAGAUGAAGAGGAAGAGGGAAAGAAGGAUGAAUCCAGUUGUUCUAGUGAAGAAGAAGAAGAUGAUGACUCAGAAUCUGAAGCAGAGACGGAUAAGACCAAAACCUUGGCUAAUGCAAAUACCACAAGUACACAAUCAGCAUCAAUGACCGCACCUUCAGUAGCUGGUGGUCAAGGGACACCCACAUCACCUGUUAAGAAGUUUCCAACAUCUACAACCAAGGUUUCUCCCAAAGAAGAAGAGAGGAAAGAUGAAUCUCCUGCUUCGUGGAGGUUAGGUCUUCGAAAAACUGGUAGUUACGGUGCACUUGCAGAGAUUACUGCUUCUAAAGAAGCUCAGAAAGAAAAGGACUCUGCAGGUGUUAUACGUUCUGCUUCAAGUCCUAGACUUUCCUCUUCAUUGGACAACAAAGAAAAGGAGAAAGAUGGAAAAGGAACUAGACUUGCCUAUGUUGCACCUACAAUACCAAGACGACUGGCCAGUACCUCUGACAUUGAUGAAAAAGAAAACAGGGAUACGUCUGCUAGCUCAAUACGUAGUGGCAGUUCCUAUGCAAGGAGAAAAUGGGAGGAAGAUGUCAAGAAAAACAGUUUGAAUGAAGGUCCUACAUCCUUAAACACAAGUUAUCAGAGAAGUGGCUCCUUUGGUAGAAGACAAGAUGAUUUGGUUAGUUCUAAUGUUCCAAGUACUGCAUCAACCGUUACCUCUUCUGCUGGUCUUCAGAAAACACUGCCUGCCAGCGCAAACACUACUACAAAGAGUACAACGGGUUCAACUUCAGCAGGUGUACAAAGCAGUACCUCAAAUCGUUUGUGGGCUGAGGAUAGUACUGAGAAAGAAAAGGACAGUGUUCCUACAGCAGUGACGGUUCCUGUUGCACCAUCUGUUGUAAAUGCUGCGGCCACUACCACAGCCAUGACUACAGCUACUUCUGGCACUGUGUCCUCAACAUCAGAGGUCAGGGAGAGACGGAGAUCAUACCUCACUCCAGUACGGGAUGAAGAGUCAGAGUCCCAAAGAAAAGCCAGAUCAAGGCAAGCAAGACAGUCCAGAAGAUCUACGCAGGGUGUAACACUGACAGAUCUUCAAGAAGCUGAAAAAACUAUAGGAAGAAGUCGUUCCACACGAACCAGAGAACAAGAAAAUGAAGAAAAAGAAAAGGAAGAGAAGGAAAAGCAAGACAAAGAAAAACAAGAAGAAAAGAAAGAAUCUGAAACUAAAGAUGAUGAUUAUAGACAAAGAUAUUCCCGAACUGUUGAAGAGCCAUAUCAUCGCUAUAGACCAACUUCAACUUCGACUUCUUCAUCAUCCACCUCUUCGCUCUCCACCUCCACUAGCUCUCUUUCAAGUUCAAGUCAGCUAAACAGACCAAACAGCCUUAUAGGUAUAACUUCUGCCUAUUCUCGGAGUGGAACAAAGGAAAGUGAGAGAGAAGGGGGCAAAAAAGAGGAAGAAAAAGAGGAAGAUAAGUCACAGCCCAAAUCUAUACGGGAAAGGCGGCGACCAAGAGAAAAACGACGAUCUACAGGAGUUUCAUUUUGGACUCAAGAUAGUGAUGAAAAUGAACAAGAACACCAAUCUGAUUCAGAAGAAGGAACAAAUAAGAAAGAAACUCAGAGCGAUAGCCUUUCAAGAUAUGACACAGGAUCUCUCGGCGUGUCUUCGGGUGAUCGUUAUGAUUCAGCGCAGGGGCGAUCUGGGUCACAGAGUUACCUUGAAGAUCGGAAACCUUACUGCAGUAGACUAGAAAAAGAAGAUAGCACUGAUUUUAAGAAGCUUUAUGAACAGAUUCUAGCAGAAAACGAAAAGCUGAAAGCACAGUUACAUGAUACCAACAUGGAACUUACAGAUCUUAAACUACAGCUGGAGAAGACCACUCAGAGACAAGAAAGAUUUGCUGACAGAUCACUCCUGGAAAUGGAGAAAAGGGAAAGAAGAGCUCUAGAAAGAAGGAUAUCUGAAAUGGAAGAGGAACUGAAAAACCUGCAACAAAUAAAGCAGAUUCAAUCUUUGAGACACAUAAAUGAGCGACUGGUGACUGAGAAUAGGGCCUUGACCCGUGUGGUUGCCAAGCUGUCAGGGUCCCGUAGGCAACUGCGGUCUGUGGACUUGUAAUUUCUUCCUUCUCCUUUGUGUAGCCAGGCAGGUGCUGACAAUAAGUUUGUGCUUGGGUAGAAUUGUACUAUUAACACUUGUGUGUUGGAAGCUGACUUACUGCUUGGUUAUGGAAGUGUGGCUAAAGCAUGGUGUCUGGUGUAGCAAAUGGAGAUGCUGCAGAUAUAUUGGUACGGUGUGGUAUUGUUGAUACUAGCACUGAAGCUUGUCAUUUUUCCCUUGAAGCUAAGUUGGCAAGGGUUAACAAGAUCUUUGACACCUUAACACCCUGGCAACAAUUUGAAAAGAUUUGUGUGGAGUUUGCAUUAGCAUACAUUGAAGUCACUGUUUAGAUGUUUGAGUAAAUGCUUAAAUCAACAGAUCUAUCUCUAGAUAUCUAACAAAAUGAAAUUAAGAAUGGGUCUUUCUUACUGCAGUAUAAUUAAAAUGCGUAGAACUAAUACAAAUCUAGUUGCAACUAAAGAAAGUUUGAGAGGUGAUUGCAGUACCAUGCAUUUCUGAACAGCUGCAUUAGCAACUGUAUUUCUUUCAUUUGUCUGAUUUUGUGUUCAGAGAGUGUCAAAGUCUUGCUUUAAAAAUAUAUCAGACUUUGAAGUCAGUUAAUCUUUUCCAUGCUAACUUCCUGUGUGGUUCUGGACAAUCCUUAUUUUUAUCUAGACUAAGCUUAGAAUAUGCAAUUUUAGCACUAAUUUGAAGGUUACUGAUAUAUAUUGCUAUAUAUGCAGGUGUUCCAGUUACGGACAACAGUCCUAUCAUGCAAGGACUAAACAAACAGAGACACAAAGAUACCCUGCCCAGAGCGUCAGAUUGGUUUAUACUCCCUGUCCAGUCCCCUUCUGUUAAAGAUAUGAACUGUUUUAAUUGCCAUCUUGGAAAAAAUGAUCAGUUUGUUGUCCAUAGUGUCACUGUAUGGCUGUUUGGAAAGCCCACUGGAGGAUCAAAGCUUCUAUGUGGAACAGAAUAUGGUUUCACUCCAUGCCAAAUCUGUUAGCCUUUCUUCCUCCUCUUACAUAACAACUGUAUGAGGUGGAGGUUUCAGUGAGUUUUUAAGAUCUGUAGAUGAAGAUAAAAUAAUUUUCCUUCUGCACAGUGAUUCUUGCUAACGUGCUUCUCCUCGCCUGCCCCCUUUCCCUCUCAGAAGCAAAGAGAUGAGUGCACGCUUUUUCUUCCCACUCAAGGAGUCAGAGCUCAGGUUUUCCCAGUAAGAGGCAUGAAAUAAAUAGCAAGUUUAUCCUUCGGCUUUAUGUCUUCCUGAAGUUGACCUAACAAUAGGAUGUGGAUAGAAAGGUUGAUCCUGGUCUGUGCCCUGCAUUCCUGAACAUUCCCUUGUGUUAACCCUUAGUGAGUCAGUCAGCUCUCUGAGCUGGCUGAAAAGAAAUCCCGUUAUUGGUUGUACGACUUGAUCCAUCUCACUGCAGCGUGGUUGUGUAACUAAAGCUAGCACUCAGCAGCAGGAGCAUGUUGAUGCAAGAGGGGGAACUGUCCCUUCAGGGCAGCCUGUCUUAGAUCAGCUUCAGCUAACAACAUGGGUUUUCAACACUGCCAAGCUAAUCUAGUGACAGCUGUCCACAGCCACAUGUCCACACCAUGUUUUUUUUGCAAGUGCUGGCAUUCCUUUAACCAUGCUAAGGCUUUUCAGUAUGUUAAACCACAGAAAACCAUUCAGUAUUCCCUUCUUUAGAGGAAGUUUUCAAAGGCAGAUCAUGGUGAAGCUCAAGGAGCAGGACUUGCAAAGAAAAGCAAUGGCUACACAGCAGGGACGCUGGACAUUUUGAUGGUAGCUUGACCGUAGCGGUGUGGCUGAUUAAUCUGAACAGUUGUCUUGACAGUGCAUGAGCUUUCUCUAAUCUCAAUGUACAAAGCUGUUUUAUACAUGCAAACAACUAAAUCCUCCAGCAAACACAGACAUUAUUAUUACUGAGCUGGUUCCAGCAACUGGUUAUUGAAAAAUUAUUUGGUCUGCUACAGAACUGCAGAGUUACCAGCUAGUCAUAUAAUACAGAUAGGCAAAUUUAAAGUACUAAAUGGAGAUUGUAAUUGCAAAUUGUAGUGGGUUUAAUGCAAAGUUUUUUUCUGCUUCUGCACGUGAAAGGCAUGUGAUGCCAUCUCUUAAGAAGUUUGAGUACCACAGGAAUGCACUGCUCCAAGAAAAUUGCAUAAAUGUCUUUGUCUGGGCUUAAUAUGUAGUUUUAUGUGUCAGGAUUAGUAUAGAUGGGAAGCGUAAGUAUUUUAUGUUACUAGAUCUUAUCCUUUCUGAUAAGUCUCCCAUUACUUACAACUCCUUUUGUUUUCUACCAGUCUUCCUCUAUUCUUUAGCACACUUAUAACAAAAGAGAAAAUAUUUUCUUAAUAUGUAUUCUACCUACUGCUUUAAUCAGGAUUUAAAUUUAUCCACAGAGAUUUGCACAGUGCUUUUUUUUGUUGUUGUUAAAAUGAUUCAUCAGAAAAUACAGCAGUUUCCGGGUCUGCCUGAAUAACAUAUUACUGACUGACUGCUCCCUAGUCACUAAGUUGAAGGAGGACUGUGAAAUAACUGGAGUUGCUGUGCUUAGAUGGACUCUCCAGAUUGGUUCUCACCCCUUCUUUUCCCAAUAGACCCUACCCAAUGUCAGAACAAGACACUAACCUGAGGUCACAAAUCCAAGACAUCAGAAGGAAAAAUACAGAAAUCAUUUGAUCCCUAGAUGUGUAUAUUAGAAUUCUCCUGGAUAGUACAGUAGCUUUUGAUUCUUUUCCCCUGCAGGCACUCCAUUUCCUGGAGUAGAUAGCAGCAUUAAUGUAACUGUCCAAACUCACAGAACACAAAAUUAUCUCCUCUUACUCGUAAGAUUUGGGAGUUUUUUUUGUGUAUUUUCUCUAUGCAAGUUUUUUGGAAAGUAAAUUAAUGUCUCUUCAUAGCAGAAACGUGACAUGAAGUAGUGGUAAUAAGCUAUCUUACAGUGUAAAAAUCACAGAUAAUAUUUGAAAAUUGUCAAAUGAUGGCUUGUAUUGCUCAUGUUCAAAUAUGUUGAUGUGGUUUUUGAAAGCAAUCGGUGUUUUACAGCACUUGAUAUUCAGAGCACAGCUUUCACUUGACUGUAAUGGAAGCUGUAGAAUUAAAGCACUCCAACUCCCUGUGAAGAGCUCAGUUUGGGUGGCUUGCCCUGAGCCACACUAUGGAGUAGAGCUGGAAUCCAGACUAGGAGAAUGAUUCUAACUGUGGAGAUUUCCUUUUUUUCCACUUAUGUUACCCUGUUGUCUUUCUUUCACAUACUCUGGUAUUUGCAGGUAAAGAAAGUAGAGAACCAGCAGCCUCAGUCAUCUCUCAUGCACCAGCCUGUUCUCUCUGUGCAAAUUUGCUAUUAGUGAACCGAUUGUGGACAGGAAUCCUUUGGAGGAGUUGUGUAAAUGAAGGCUGUAGUGUAAUAAUUAACUCUGCAUUUUUAAACUUGACAGUUCCUUCUGCUCCAUAAUAGUGUUCUAACGGGGUUUACAAGUAUGAUUUUGUUUGGAUAAAAUGAAAACAAAACUAGUGGCAAGGAAAUUUCAUCAUGAAAAAUUACGUAGCAGUUGUUACACAGGUCAUUGGUUGGACUUGGACCUCUUGUGUUGCUCCUGCACCUUGAGGUUACUGAAUAACCAUGCUGCAGGAAUAGGCUGUGGCCUGUGGAAACCUGCUGCUAGAAGCCAUACACGUAAUACAGACAUGAGUUUUAUAGGUGGUUUGUUAUCAGUGUGUGAACACUGAUACCGAGAAUUUCUGAGAUUACUUCUAGUUUCUCUGAUAAGUUCUGCUCUAGCAGUACAAAGCUCUGUGCACUGGCUUGUCCCCCUCUCCUGUCUGAUCCUGUCCAAACCUCACCUCACCCGGCUCUGCCUUCCAGCUCUUGUGCUUGCGUGUCACCCAUCUCCUGCGGCAACCUUAACUUGCCAUCUCCUAACCAGAAUGCCUGCGUGCGCAGCCUGGUGUUUCGGUGAUCUGAGCUUGCGUGAACUGUGCCAUUCAGGGAUGUGAUCUCAGAGAACAGGAUGUGCGCUUGAACACAAGUUUGGAAGUGAUUGAAAGAUUAAUGCUUUGAGUUAAUAAGCUGGAUCAGGCCGUAUCUGAUCAGGAUGAAAUCAUCCAAGAGAACAGUGGCAGACAGAAUUAGCUACAGCAUGUUAUUUUGAAACUGUGCAAGUGCGGUGUAGACGAGCCUCUUUAAAUUGCCACUGAUGAACGUUUUUUGUUUUGCACUGAAAUCUGAAGCAUUUAAUUGCUUUCCUUAUGCUACUCUAAAUGCUUUUGUGGAGAGGCUGCUCAUCUGCACCACUUCAUUUUAGUGCAUCUAGACCAGGCAACUGAAAGUUCUUAAUCUAUAGCUCCUAACUCUACCCUGCUAAAAGGUGAGAAUUCUGUGAACUGCUGAUGCAAAGGGGGAGAAUAAUGGCCCAAAUAUUUCGGCCGAGUGAAGAUUUUUAUCCCCAGCGCUUGUCUGGUCUUGCUGCUUUUCCUUGGAGUAUAACAGCAAAUAACCAUUGUGUUUCCUUU